UUAUAUAUUUACUUUUACUUAUUCAUUGAGAUCCAGCACUCUAUCGUACGGUCCUGACACAAAUCACGUGGUUCUGUUUAUCCGAAUUUCUUUUUAUCAAACGAAGUAUACUUUUUGUUUGUGUAUAACAGAUUGUAACAGAUUACGAAUGACGUUAGUGAACAUUUCAUAAAACAAUAUGUUCGGGAAAAGAGAGAAACCAAAACGCCAGACAAGGACUGCUGCUAGUCUUGCACAGUAUGGGAUCUUCGAAGUUCCAGAAAGUAUAGACGAUCUAGGAAAAAAUUUCAUGAAAGAUGAUGAUGAUGAUGACGGUGACUUAGAAGCUGAAUUAGCUGCAUUGACAUCUAGUGAUGAUGUUGGUUUAAAACCAAAACGUAGAGCACCUCGCAGGCCAGUUCCUGAUGCAAAUUUGGAUGCAAUGGUAGCUGAGAGUAUGAAGGAUAUACAGGAUGAAGAUGUAUCUGAUGGAGAUGAUGAUCCAGAGUUAUUGAAUGAACUCCAGAUGAUCACUGGGGAUGAAUCUCCUGAAACAGUAUCACCAGAAGAGGAAGAAAAUGUGACAUCAGAGAAUAUAGAACCAUCAAAACCAGAAGAAGGAAAUACAUCCAUGGAAAAAAUGAUACAACUGUUACAGGAAAGGCUAAGACUUUAUCAGAUUGCAGAGAAAAAGGCAAAACAGGAAAAUGAAUCAGGUCGUGCACGGAGAUUUAACAGGGGCAUUAAAACACUUAAAGGCUUAUUACAUGAUGCUCACUCAGGCAAAGUUAUCAAUGAAGCUGAUAUUCCACCACAAUUACCACCAUCGGCUACCACAGAAUCAACAGAGAAAGUACCCCAGAGUAACAAAGAAGAACCAAUGGAGCAUGCUAGUCCUCCGGUUGAAGUUGAUACAACACCAUCUGCAGAAGACAAUACUCCUUCCGAAUUAGUUCCAACAAAAACUAUAGAUGAAGCAGCAUUAAACUUAUUAAAAAGCAGACAACAAGAAUAUAAAGUAGCAGCAGUAGCAUGGAAAAAAAGUGAUAAUAUGAAGGAAGCGCUUCAAUGUGUAAAAAUUGCAAAACAAUUUGAUAUAGUCAUUGCUGCGGUAAACGCAGGUGAAGAAGUUGACUUAUCAGAUAUGCCCCCGUCUCCAAAUACUCUUAGCUCUGACACUGUUCCUACAAUGGAACCAAAGAAGGAAGAAAAUGAAGUACAGAGACAGUCAUCUACAGAAACACCACCUGCAGCAGAAACAAAACCAUCUGGUGUAGAAAAUUUAGAGCUUGCUUUGAAAGAACGUCUUGAAGUGUACAGAAGAACAAAAACAGCUGCAGAAACUGAAGGAAACUCUUCUAAAGCUCGAAGAUAUGGCCGUAUUUGCAAACAGUUUGAAGAUGCCCUUAAGUUACAUGCUCGGGGAAAACCUGUUCCCCUCGACGAAUUGCCUAUUCCACCUGGAUUUCCUCCACUUGUAACCGCACCUACAUCAGAUCAGACAAAUGAGAAACAACCAGAAUCAAUACCACAAAGUUCCCCAGAACCUGAACCUUCUGAAGGUAAAAGUGCUUCGAAUCCAAAAAGUCCUGUUCCUCCUCCAAGGGCACCAGUAGGAAAAAAACAAAACAACAAAGUAUCACGUGCAGAGAAACAACAAGCUCUAUUACAACAGCGUCAGCAUGAAUUGAAACAAGCUGCGCUUAACGCAAAAAAAGAUGGCGAUCUAGAGUUGGCGCGUAAUUAUUUAAGGCAAGCAAAAGGAAUGGAUCCGCUGAUUGAAGCUAGCACAGCUGGAUUACCAGUUGACAUGAAUUCUAUACCACUGUCGCCUCUUGCAAAAAUUGAGCUCAAUGCAGAUGGUAUGGGUGGUCAGGUUGAUGACAAUUUUACAUUGGUAUUUAGCGAAGACUGUUCAGAAGAAGGAACUGGAACAAAUGAGCAAAUUUAUGGAAAUCUUGAAGCUCAGUUACAGAAACAAAUUAAAUGGUGUUUAAAUACAAGAGAUCACUCGAAAGCUUUAGGAGAUGUAUCUGGAUAUAAUAGAUGGGAAAGACUUGCGUUGGGUUAUAAACGAGAUUUGGAUAUGUUGAGAGUUCGGAAACGUGAUGCACUGCCACCGCCACAACAUCAUUAUGAGAGAAAAACUUACGCUGUAGUUCAGAGUUGUACAGACUUAAGCGAGGGCGAUAUAGAAAUUUCGAUAAUAAGGGGUGUAAAUUUUUCAAAGGAGGAUACAUAUGUCAUGUUUGAAUUCCCUUUUCCUUCCGAUAAUCCUCCAGGGGAUAGAACGUCCACUGUUAAAGGAACGUGCAAUCCAGAAUACCUGGCAGUAUUUCCAUUAACUGGAAUAAUAGAUCGUAGAUCAAGACAGUGCCAACGAGCGUUCAAAAGACAUGCAUUAAAGUGUCAAGUUUGGGCAAAAGGAUGCUCGCUGAAUCCUCUCCUGUGUUGUACUCAUCCAAGUGGAUUUUUUAGAAGCGAUAGUCUGUUAGGCACAGUGACAGUAAAACUGCAGCCUCUUGAAACUCACUGUGAACUUCAUGACUCGUUUCCCCUAAUGGAUGGAAGAAAACCGACAGGUGCAAAGCUUGAACUAAAAAUUCGUAUAAGGAAUCCAAUUCUGACAAAGCAGAUAGAACAGAUCACGGACAAGUGGUUAAUUAUCGAUCAUUGAUCCUGCAUUAUGCAAUCACGACUUUACGUUUAUUUUACCAAGGAUGAAGCACCAUUGGGGCCUUGGAAAUGUAAUUUGCAGAUUAUGAAGCGACAGAAGACAUAAUAUUUGGUUUAUUACUAAUGUUACUCAAGUUGAUGUGAAUAUGUAUAUCUGUGAAAUAAUUUAUAUAUUUUAAUACGAACAUUCAGGUAACGUUUUCAUAGUUUGUGUACAUAAGCACAAUUCAACGCAUAAUAUUACAUAUUACAUUGCGGGAAAAAUUGAUUACUCAAAUACUAAAUAGCUUCAGAGCCCAGCUGAUAAAAAUAACGCUUUUUCUUAUAUCUUAAUAGAUAUAUAUAUCGAAACCUGCCAGAAUUUAUGUCACACUUUAUAUUAUUAUUUUGUUUUAUAACUACUUCGUAGUAUAGAAGAAACAAACAAUAUUUAUUAGUCGUUCUUAAAGUAUCGUUUUUUUAAUUAUUUAAUGUUGAAAUAAAAUAUUUUAUGAACA